AUGUCGAUAAUUUUUAGCUCCGACGACGACGCUCGACAAGCCAUGAUGCGGGACGGCCAACUCCUGAAAGACCAAAGCGUACACUUGCUCCUCAGUUCGAAAAACGAGAUGCACAGCGUCGUCGAUAAAGCCCAGCAAAAGCACCACGUCGCUCCUUCCGGGAUCCCUGGAAACUCCGCACCUUCAGGCCCUUCGAAUGACCACCCUCCUCCAAUGGUCUCUCCGAUGGCAGCCAUGAGCGCGUUGAAUCCGUCGUCGAUCUUCGUCAGCAUGCCCCCAGGGAUGCGUGAAUUCACCAGGCAACAGAUGAUGUGGGCUCAGCCGAACGCCGCCGCUGUGGCGUCUCAGCAACAGCAGCAAGUGAAUCAGAGUCCGUUUAUGUUUGAUGGGCAUACUCCUGGGAUGGUGGCGCCGAUGAGGCCCCAAGGGUCGGGCAUGCCCGGUUUCGGAAUGAACGCUCCUAAUACGACGGCAAUGUUCGACAACAAUGGGCCAAAUCAGCAGCAACAACAACAACCGCCGCAGUCUUCGGGACCACCACCACCGGCGCCUCGUCGUGGGUUAUUGGGAGAAGCGCCGCCGAAUGCGGAACCACAGCAGGUUCGUGGCACCCGCUGGGGACCUGAUCGAGAGCAGCAGCAAGCUUCUAGGUUCAAUAACGCGAACCAAUCGAAUCAGGACAGGUUUCAAAACAUGUCGGAUGUGGAUUCUCGAGGACGAAUGGGCAAAGGUGGUGGUGGCGGUGGUUUCGGCGGUGGUCGUGACAAUGUGAGGCAUGAUGGCGGCGCCUGGUCGGCUCAGGGGGGCGGUGGCGGCGGUUUUGGGCGGAAUGCUCCCGGGAAUAUGGGCAGAGGAGGAGGAGGACCUGGAAUGAGAGCCCGUGGACCGGACGGGCCUGGAUGGAAUUCUGGAAUGCAAAAUGCGUCUGCAUUUUGUGUCCUCAUUCGCGGCGUUCCGAAAGACGUUUCUUACAGGGACGUCAAACGAUUCCUAGGCGUAAGAAUACCCGAAGACGGCGUGAAGAUCUUGAACGACGACGAAGGGAUCCGAAACGGCCUCGCUUACGUUCGCGUGCUUUCUGCCAUGGACAAAGAUAAGGUCAUGCGUCUCGACGGAGAGCAUCUCAAUGGGCGUCGAGUGUCGGUGUGUCACUGUGACGAACGCGAGUAUGAAGACGCUGUCGACAGCUACCAGCCGCCGAAUGCCGGCCGGGACAGACGUUUUGGUCGCCGAUCUCCGCCCAAUUCCGGUGACGAUCGCGGAUCUCGAGGCCGGGAUUCUGUUCGUUCACGAUCGCGUGACAGGGGCGACUCUCGACAUGGCGGUGGCGUUGGUGGUGGCAGCGGCGGCGUUGGUGGUGGCGGCGGCGGCGUUGGUGAUGUUACGUCUGUUUGGGUAGCGCUGGAAGGAAUGUCAUCUGACACCCGCGAGCUGCACAUUGGUCAAUUCUUUAAGGACUUCGACGUGCAGGACGUGCAUAUAACGAAUCAUAACGAGAUGGGGCGAGAAGUGAAGACUGCAUUUGUCAAGAUGUCGAGUCCGCCUGAGGCGAGAGAUGCUGUGAAGCGUAGGAAUGAGGCGAGGCUUAAGGAUGUUGAGGUUAGAGUUAGGGUUUGCCCUGAAAGGGAAGUGUUUGAGAGAUGCAAUUUGCAACCGCCGAAUGAGAGGGAAGCGAGAAACUCUGAAACUAGAGAUUUGGGUGUUCGUGCUGCGUCUUCCGGCCGACGCAUUAUGUCUGACUGCGUGCUUGUUUCUGGGAUCCCGAAGAUGAGUUCGGAAUCUGACGUCAUGGCAAUUUUUGCCAUCCACAAACUGUUUCCGGCCAAAGUUCACAUCGUUAGGGAUCUGCAAGGGAAACCCGUUGGAGCCUUUUUCUGUGAAUUCAGUGAUGCCAAUCUGGCGUCGCGAGCAGUGGAUAUAUCCGGAAGUCGCCUACCGAACAGCAAUGACGUCAUGCGCGUAGAAAUGCGAACGCGAGAAGAGAUGAACUCGACUAUUUCUGAACAGGCUUCGCCGCCGGCACGACCUGUGGAUAAGCCAGUUGUUUCUACCAAUCGUACGCUUCUGGAACCCCCGACGGAUGUGGCGCCGAAUAGAGGAAAUUACGGACGUCCGGAGGAGUUCCAGGGCGGCUAUGAGGCGCCGGUGCCGGAGAAGAAACCUGGAGAACGGCGGGCUUUGUUGCAGCCUCCGCCGGAUAUGGAAAAUUGGGCUGCGGAUCAGAAUCGGAUGUUCAACAUGAACGGUGGACCCUGUGGACCACCACUUGGGCCAAGAAUGGCGCCUCCUGUUCUUUUGUCGAACGUUGGUGGGCCGCUUUUGAGUGCACCUAUGGGUGGAGGUCCAGUGAUGAUGAAUCCUGGUGGACAGCAACAGCAGCCGAUGGGAGAAUUUGAUUUUCGUCGCACGGACUGCGUUCUACAGUUGCGGAACAUUCCGUACAAGGCAACCAACGAUGAAAUCCUGGAAUUUUUCAGGGAUUUUCACUUGAACUCGAGUGCAGUGCUUAGGAAGAUUGAUGAACGGGGUCGCAGUACGGAUGAAGCGCGAGUUGCCUUCAGGAAUCCGAUGGAAGCUCGGAAUGCGAUGGAGAAAUGCAACCGACAACGCAUUGCUGGUCGGAUAAUUAACAUAUGUUUUGUGAUGCAAAUGGAGGGGGAGAAUUUUGGUCCUAAUUGAGGGUCUUGACACAAGUUUGUACGUUGCGGAAGACUUCAAACGGCCCGUGUGUCCCACUGCUCCGUUUAUUGUUGUUUUUUUUUUUUCUCUUUCUGUGAAUGGUUCUUUUCAGUUCGUUGUGUUCACUGAACUUGAUUUGGCGUUAGCCACCAUUCAUUUUGUUGUGAAAGGGCAAACAGAUAAAUCUUUUUUACGAGUCCAA